UUGACAAUUCUGACCUCAGAACUCUUGSACAUUUUUCCAAAUACUUCAAYAUAUACUGGAGGUUAAAGAAGGUGUUUAGCCUUACACCUGAACAUGGAGUGUCCCCACAGGCCCAUCCUGGUCUCCCCAUCCUGAUUUCCUGUCCCCAUCCCRGUGGCUCUUUUCCCCUCAUGUUUCCCAUCCUCUUCCCCUCAUGUUUCCCACCCUUUUYCUCACUUUUACCACCCUUUCUCCCCACAACUUUCCCACCCUUUUGUCCUUUGCAUUUCCUGCCCUUUUUCRCCUCACGCUUCCCGCCAUUUUUCACUCACAUUUCCCGCCCUUUCCCCCUCACGUUUGCCCUUGCUCCGUCCUGGGCUCUCUGGGCACGGGGGCCUCAGAGCUCGCUCCUCACCUCAGCCCUGCCAUGGACUGGUUCCACUGCAACCGCUGCUAUCGCCAGGAUGGUGCCCGCUUCGCCAUCACCAGCUGCGGCCACGUCCUGUGCGUCAACUGCGGGGGAACAGGUUCCUGCCCCAUCUGUGGAGCUGCCUGCCGCUACCUGCCCCUGUCCCACCAGAUGGGCCCGCAGGAGAAACUUUUCUUCAAGAGCCCGGCAGCCAUUGCGCUCAAGCACCUCACCCAUGUCACUCAGGUGUGGCAGUUCCAGCUGGCACAGGCGCAUCUGCUGCUUGACUCCCACCGGGACAGAGCUCAGCGGGCGCAGGUGGAGCUGGAGAAGGCCAGAGAGGAGCUGGGGGAGAGGAGGAGAGAGCUGGACUUGCUUCGCCAGGAGAAUGCAGAGCUGCGCCGCAUCCAGCUCUCCCCAGGCUGGCGCCACAGCAGCCACAGCAUCCCCCGUCCCAUCUGCAUCACCUCCCCCACACAGUCAGUCACCCCCCGGCCCUGUCGACAGCUCAGCRGCCAAGUGGUCAGCCGCUUGGCCCCACUGGAGCCCCCCCAAGCCCACAGCACCCCAAGAUGGCAGGUGGGCGUAGCCUACAGGGAUUCAGGGACCCCUCUGGCUUCCAGCAUGGGUGAGUGACCCCAAASCCUACAGGUUUUACCCCAAAAUACUGACCGAAGCCCCACCCGCUUCCCUUACUGUCCCAAGGGCCCCCAAAAGCCCAUAUGGCACCUCAAACGCCCAUGAUGUGAUGCCAAAAUCCAUCAUUUUUCCCUAUGGAGACACCAAAACCCCACGGUGGGACUCCCAAUCCCCUCAUCUCUUCCCAGAGGGACCCCCCAGAACCCCACAGGGAACCCCAGGACAGCAAAAAUAACCCCCAAACCCUCASAUGCCCAUGGGGAUGCUGAUCUCUCUUUAUAAGGACCUCAAACCCACACCCAAGGAGCCCAGAGUCCCCCUAAACACUCCAGAGAAACCCCUCAGUACUGACCCCAAACUACGGGGUGACCUUAAAAGCCCUCCUAAUGCCCCUUUCUCCCCUUAGUGCCCCCCCUGGCUGGGACAAGAGAGGGGCAGGUACUGGGGGGCACUGGGAGGGGACUGGUAUACAAAUGGGAGGGAAUACGGGGAGC